AUGAAACAUGGGUGCUUUAAACUACUUAGCAAUUUGAGAAACAGAGAAAGAUUCAUGGAGAAGGAGAAGGAGAAGCAAUUCAAUGUGGGAGAUUUGGUUUGGGCGAAAGUUAAUUGUUACCCUUGGUGGCCUAGCAUCAUUUACGAUGAAGCCCUAACAAGUAGUCAUGUUCAACAAGCAAAUAAAGAAGGUUUGAUGCUUGUUUCAUUUUUUGGCGAUAAUUCCUAUAAUUGGUUAGAUCCAAAGAAACUCCUUCAUUUUGAAUCGAAUUUUAGCAUGUAUUCAAAUCGAUCUAGUUCUCGUUUAUUCUUGAAAGCCGUGAAUGAAGCAGUUUAUGAGAUCAAUCACAGAGCUGCUCUAGGAUUGACUUGUCCUUGCCUAUUUUUUUCAUCGUAUAGACCUGCACCUGUAGAAGGUUUUCUAGAAGUUGAUAUUGAUGGAUAUAGCACUGGAGGGGUUUAUUCAGUGCAACAGAUUGAAGGGUUCAGACAAGAAUUCCAACCACUUCAAACACUUUCGUUUGUCCAGCAAUUGGCUUUGGAUCCCACAAAUGUGCAUCAGGAUCCUAGCCUUUUAAAGGAGGUAGCUAGAGUUCUUGCUUUUCGUAAAGCAAAAUAUGCAGAGAUUGAUGAACCUUAUUUUCUUGCAUUUGGGGUGCAUCCUCAAGGGCUGGUAGAUCCUAGCAUGACCUCAAAUCAACAGGAGACAACUUUACUUCAAGCUCCAGCUCCAGUUGAUGAUGAGAAAAAGCCUACAAUCAAACUCCAAAAUAAAAAGAAAAGACGCCUUGCAACCCCAAAACCAAAUGCUACUAAAACAAGUCACAAGGUGAAAAGGAAUCUGCAUCAUGAUUCUCAAGAUGAUGUUCCCGAGAAGAAGAGACAGGUGAAGGUUGAGAUUAUUGAUAAAAAGCUGGAUAUCAUUUCCACCACCACCACCAGUGAUGAUAAGCAGCAACCUCAACCUGAGGCCGCAACCACAACCACAACCACAAAACGUGAGCUGCCAUUGAAGAAGAGGCAGAGAAGGAGAUCAGUCAGCAGUAUAGGGUGUCCGAAAUUGGCUUUGGUGUUGUCUUCCAAAAGAGAAAGAGAAAGAAAGAAAGAAGAGAAGAGUGGCAUUAGCAUAGUGGAAAAGGGGCCGAAAAUGGUCCUAUCAAUGAAGUUCCCUCCAGAUGCCGCCCUACCAUCAGUUUCAGAACUGAAAGCCAAGUUUGCUAAAUUUGGGCCAAUGGAGAUAUCAGGUGUUCAUGUCAGUUAUCUCAAAUCAAGAUGCCAGGUGGUCUUUAUGAACAAGCCUGAUGCCCAGAAAGCCUACGAGCAUGUGGUCAAGUUCAAGAAUAUGUUUGGUCAAACUCACGUCUUCUACAGAUUACAUCCUUUUGGCAACAGCAUAAAAGAAGCAAAAGAAGGCAGCAAGGAAACUGCUCUUGUUACCUCUUCACAUAUGCAGCAGGUGAAUCAAGAAACAACGUAUGCAAACAAGUAUCAGAAAGCAGCAGCAGCAGAGGUGAACCAAGGAGGCGUUGACAUUUCUGAUAAGAUGCUAUAUCUGCUUAAUGAAUGCAGCCGUAUUGUGUUUGAACUGAAGCAAUUUUAG